GGCGUCCUUCGGAGUAAAGCCCAACGGGGUCUCCACUUCCAAGGCAACGGAGCGGCGACGGGGAUCGCGCCCUCCGCGCUGCUGGACGGGCGGACGGCCGCUGGGGAGGAGGUCCGGGUGCCUGCCUCGGAGGAGCCGGGAGCCAGGCGGGAGGUGGCCGCUUGGUCCACGCGAGGAAGGGCGGCGAUGGCUGGGGAAAAGGUGCCCGGAGGAGCCGGCCCCUGCCCUCCCAGAAGCGGCGAGGAAGGGUCCCCGCAGCAUCCGCCCAGCCCCCGGGGGCUUCGGGCGCUUCCACCGGUCGAGCUCUGUUCCUCCUCCUCUUCCUCCUCCUCCUUUACCCCGAGAGGCGCGGGAUCGGGAUCUGCUGCUGCCCUGGAGCAAGGAGGAGGCGGGAGCGAAGACGACGAUUACUACGACAACGGGAGCCUGCUGCCCGGCUGGGGCUGCCAAGGAGCGCCCGGGGCGCACGAAGAGGCUCGGGGGAGGCAAGAGGGCAGCGUGGGCGCCCUCCCCGUCGGCGGCAACAACCACAACCACAACAGGGCCCGGGCGCGGGAGAGCACCGGCAGGCUCCGCAGCCAGCUCCAGGAGGCCUAUUACCUGCUCAUCCACGCCAUGCACGACCUGCCCCCGGCGAGCCCUAGCGCCGAGGUCCGGGGCCGCCAACCCGCCCCCCGCCCGCCUUCCUUCAGAGCUGUCGAGGGCCAGGAGAGCGGGAGCGGCUCGGCUUCCCCCUGCGAGGGCGACUGCUCUCAGGUGCAAGCGUCCGAUGCCGGCCCCCGAAGCGCAGCCGGGAGCCCUCUCUGGCGCCCGGGCAUCAGCAAGAGCCUGGAGAGCCUUCUCCGCGCCCAGUCCUCGACCCCAUCGCCGCCCUGGCGGAGGUGUCGGAGCGACGGGGAGCUCCGGCCGGGCGAACGGGAGGCUGCCCGCGGCCACCUGCUGCACAAGGAACCGCCGCCGCCGCCGCCACCACCUCCUGGCAUAAGGCGGGAAGCUGGUUUGCUCGCAUCUGCCGCUGGCUGCUCCGGAGACAGCCGCUGCCAGCGGAGCCCGAGUAGCAACAGCCGCGUUGGCGAGGCGCCUCCGCCGGCUCUCCGCGAGGACGUGGAGCCGCUGUUGGUUCCCAAGUUCGGGCCGGAGAUCUCUAGCGCCCUGGGCCAGGCCAUGGGCCCCGUGGACCCGUCGGCGGGUGCCGGCGGCGGCGAGAAAAGAAGCCCCUCGCCCCUCCACGAGGGCCCCUUCAAGCCGCCGGCCGUGACGGUGAGGAAGCUGCAGAAGUGGAUGUACAAAGGGCGCCUUCUCUCCCUGGGCAGGGGAGGCCGGGUCCAGGCCGCGGGAGCGCCCUCCUCCCCUUCUCCUCCCGCCAAGCCCCCUGCAGACCAAAGAAUCUUCCUGACAGAUUUAAUUGAAAAUGUUUACAUACCUUCUGUGAGGAGAAGAGAACUUAAGACCUUUAACUCCACUGAAGGUGCGGAAUGCAAGUCGCGGAUUGCUAACAUCACUGUGUCCAAGAAGCGCAACUGGUUGCAUCAAAGUUCUCUGAGGGUACCUAAUUCAGAAAAAGGAAACUCUUACAAGAAAUUGUCAGGAGAAAGGUACAAGAUUCUGAAAUCUUCUAACCCUAUGCUUGAGCCGAAGAUGCCUCAGAAUUUCCUCAAACGUCUAGGGCAAGAAAGCCCUAAGAGGCAAAUCAGUUCUGUGCAUGUUGCUGAGAAUGGGAUGAGCCAUUUUGCACUGCAGAAUGGUACUUUGGAAUUGGGGGAAGAUAAUGAUGCAGAUGAUGAAGGAGAAAUAUGGUACAAUCCUAUCCCUGAAGAUGAUGUUCUUGACUUGCCACGUUUUCUAGGUGGUAAUAAUGCCAAGAAUUUGGACUCUGAAGCUGUAAAUCACAAGGUAUCCUCUGCGAGUUAUUUGGUUAACGUUGUAGGGCAUAGUGAAAGCCUCCCACCUGUCUCAGACUGUGUUGGAAAUGCUAAGUUUAGGGAAAGGAAUCCCGUAGAUGGUAUGCAUUCCAUGGAACAUUUGCAAGUGCACAAGCCAAAGCCUGCAUGCAGUGUUCUAGCUGGCGUUACAAUGGAAGAUAGUCCUACUCUGAAAGGUACUUUGGCAGGGCCUGGAAUCGUAUCUGUGAGCAAGGCUGACACAGGAAACACAGACGGCUCACCUCCAAGUCCUAACCCUUUGAAAAAAGGUGGUCCAAUAAACUGGUCUUUCCCUGAUAAAAUAAAAUCCCCAAGAACUGUGAGGAAACUUUCCAUGAAAAUGAAAAAAUUGCCAGAGCUCAGUAGGAAGUUGAGUGUCAAAGGAAAUUCAAGCCAUAGCAACUCAGACGGUGCUUCAUUGCUUAAAACUAAUUGCCAGGAUAUUGGCCAUGCCUCAUUACCCUCUUCUGGGAGCAUCACGGCAGCUGCUAGCAGGAAUGUUAUAAGCCGGUAUCAUCUUGAUAGCAGUGUGUCCUCUCAACAGAGCUACAAAAAGAAAAGCAGCGUAAGUUCCAAAUCCUCCAGCAAAGGGGGCUACCUCAGUGAUGGAGAUUCUCCUGAGCUUAUAACAAAAUCAGGGAAACAUGCCACUGAAAGUGGGACUGGGAAAGGAAAGGAGGUAUUCCCAAGCCACAGUGGUAACAAGACAGAAAUAGAUAUUGAUGCUUUCCGCCACUACAGUUUUUCUGACCAACCCAAAUGCUCCCAGUACAUAUCUGGACUCAUGAGCAUUCACUUCUAUGGUGCAGAGGAUCUGAAACCACCACGGAUGGACUCAAAAGAUGUCUUCUGUGCAAUUCAGGUAGAUUCAGUCAAUAAAGCGAGGACUGCCUUGCUGACGUGCAGAACAUCUUUCUUGGACAUGGAUCAUACUUUCAACAUAGAAAUAGAAAAUGCCCAGCAUUUAAAAUUGGUGGUUUUCAGCUGGGAGCCCAUGCCAAGGAAAAACCGGGUUUGCUGCCAUGGUACGGUGGUGCUUCCUGCUCUUUUUCGAGUGACAAAGACUCAUCAGUUGGCAGUCAAGCUGGAGCCCAGAGGUCUCAUUUAUGUCAAGCUGACCCUUCUGGAACAGUGGGAGAACUCUUUCAAAGGACUCGAUGGAGAGCGAGAACCAGUAAUGUUUGGCAUAGAAGCUCGGAAGGUAGUUGAGAUGGAAAACGUAGGCUUGAUGGUUCCCCUCUUGAUGAAGAAGUGCAUCAUGGAGAUUGAGAAAAGAGGCUGCCAGGUUGUAGGCCUGUACCGUCUGUGUGGCUCAGCAGCUGUCAAGAAAGAGCUCCGAGAGGCAUUUGAGAAGGACAGCAAAGCAGUUACUCUCUGUGAAACCCAGUACCCAGAUAUAAAUGUGAUAACAGGUGUCCUCAAGGAUUAUUUAAGAGAGUUGCCUUCUCCCUUAAUAACCAAACAACUGUAUGAAGCUGUAUUGGAUGCCAUGGCUAAAAAGCCCUUGAAAAUGACAGCAAAUGGAUGCGAGAAUGACCCUAGUGAUUCUGAGCAUACCGUAGCUCUCCUGGACUGCCUGCCAGAAGUUGAGAAGGCAACUUUAACAAUGCUGUUGGAUCAUCUGAAAUUGGUAGCUUCAUACAACGAAGUGAACAGAAUGACAUGCCAGAAUUUAGCUGUGUGUUUUGGGCCAGUAUUACUGAGCCAAAGGCAGGAAACCACUAAUCACAACAACAGAGUUUUCACUGAUUCAGAAGAACUUGCCAGUGCCUUGGACUUCAAAAAACAUAUAGAAGUUCUGCAUUACUUACUCCAGUUGUGGCCAGUACAACACACAGCUGCCAAAGAAUCUGCAUCCGUUGAACAACAGUCCUCCGUGAAUUAUUUGAGGCCGAAAAAGCAGCCGCCUCAAAUGUUGAAUUUAAGUGGCCAUGAGAUGACAGGAAUCCUGCGCUCUAGGCCAGCCAGACUGGACAGCCCUUCAAGUAACCGCUAUGCUGGAGACUGGAGUGGUUGUGGAGAGAGCUACUUCAUCAGCCCCAAGGAGGCUCUGAGUGAAGCUGACUAUGAUGAUGUUCCUUCAGAAGAUGCAGAAAGUGGAGAUGAAGGUAACAAAAUGGAUGGUUCAGAGAAGCUAAUGGAACAACCCAAUUGUGUUCAUACAGAACAUACCUUUCAGGCCUAUUUGACAGUGCAAACAAUGGAUUCUGCAGUGAACCACAGAGGAAACCUCAAAGACUUGCAGGAAAGCAUUGAUGUUCUGCUAGGAAACCUGGAACGGGAACUGAAUAAAAACAAGCUGAAUAUCCGUUACUAAUAAUUAUCCUCUGCUACAUUUCCCUUUCGAUAUGCCUUCUUUCCCUGCCCCUCUCAAGAGAGAGCAGGCUAAACAGGCAACCUUGGUGGGUUGCUGGUAUAGCAAUUCCAUUGUAUGAUGGUUUUGAUCCCUAAUAAGGUUAGAGUCAUGUUUCCGUCUGUUGUUACGUCGUUCUCCCCCUUCCCUUCUCUUUUGUAGAAGGCAUCAGUUUUGACCCUCUGGGUUUAAAAUGGUUAUUACGUGUGAAAAGAUUCGAGAAUUUCCCUCUCCCCUUCAAUGUACUAUGCACUUAACGAAAUUUGGAGAGUUUAUGCAAAACAUACAAUGCCUCACCUCUGUGUAUGCUCCACAGGAAUGGCACUCCGUGUUCCUGAAAUUUUUGGUCUUGGUACGGAUGUUCUCCCAGACGAGGGGAUUAAUAUUGCUGCUUAUUGGAUAAUAUGCAGCACAACAUGUAGGUAGAUCAUAUUCUACCAUAUUUUGACACCUUUUUCACUUGCAAUGCAAAGGCUGCUAUAAAAAUGCUUUUUAUAAUUAUAUUCCUAUAUAUAGGAAUAUAUAUAAAAGGAAUAAUUAUAUUCCUUAUAUAUAUAUAUGAAAAAGUUUAAUUGUACAAACAUUAAUGUAUUCCUGUAUUAACACUUCCUAGCAAUUAUUUAAAACUGAACAAAUUAAAUAUUUUUCUAACUUUUGUUUUGUACAUAUUUAUAUAUUAAAAACAUUGGGCUUUGUCCCAGCUACUUUGAGUAUUGUGCCUCUGCAUUGGAGGGAUAACCAUAGGCCAUAGCAAAACACAAGAGAUUUAACUUACCCUGCAAAGCAGGAGUGCGUGUGCAAGGACCAGGUCAGGCCAGUGGGGGAUAAUAGGAGGACUUUGUGCCACUCCUGUGUGCCAUCCAGCUUCUUCCAUCUCACUUAGCCCAAGAUCUAGAACUUUUGAAGGACAGUGGAAGGUGCUGUUAUGCCCUAAUGAGAACUCUCUGUACAGGAGUUCUGCUUCUGUCUGGAUCAUGCCCUUUGUAUGUAGUUACUUGGGAAAGGUGCAUAUUAGAUUUGAAUAAGAACACGACUCCUAAAGGAACAGAAGGCUGCUUAUUGGUCUCUCUGCAUGGUGUAAGCAAGGAUGGGAUGUGUUGGGCCAGCCAGAUGUUGCUGGACAUCUUUCAGGAGUUGGAUGGCCACAGUUAGCUUAGAUUUUUCUUUUAAGUGUUAAACUCCCAAACGUGGAUCAUCAUAUGGAUCAAUACCUUUGAAAUAGAUUGUAUAGAGAGUGUGAUACGCCAUUUGUGAAAUCUCCCUUCCUUCUGAGGAACCCCUGACAGGAGUUCCUAAAGAUGCUACAGAGAUGGAACACCUGACAAUCACUCCCAUAAUCCACAAUUCCACAUUCCAGUUGUUCAUAAAUGUGCACAUUGGCUGAAAUCCAACAAUCUGCCUCAUCUUCUGAUGCCAGUAGAAUUAGGAAGGCUGCCAUUCCCCUCACUUCUCCAAAAACCUAGAAAGUAUGCCGGCCCUUUGGAAAAGGGAUUUAGAGUUCAUGGUGGAGUAAGCACUGCAGGAGAAGGGACCAUCACUAGUUCUGGCAGAUGGCGCAGGAUCUGGGAGAAACACACCAUUGCACUAUGGCUGUUCUGUUUUUGAAUACAUAUUGCUCUCAAAGGUACCUCUCCAAAGAGCAGUCAGUAGCAGUGUAGACAUUUAUUCUUUACAUCACUGUUGGCCCUGACUUUGUUCCUGCCAAAUAUGAAAACAUGUCGAUGUACUUUUAAAGCAAACCAGAUUUGCAAUUGCUUUUUGUUUGGAGUUAGGUAUAGAUCCAUAUGCUGACCCAUGUCUGGGAGGACAUGUCAGUCCUAUUAGGUUGCAAAUAAAUUCUAUGUCUUAUUUGUGACCUUGCUAAAUCUUGCCCCCUCAAAUUUCAGAGUGUUUAUCUCAGGUGAAUCUGUUGUCCUUCAUUCUUCCUUUUGCUUGCAAUAGAGAACCAGCCACUAUGGACAGAGCGUCAGACAAUUUUAAAGGAGAGACAAAAUGUCCGCGAUUCAGAGAAGAAAAACUAGAUAGUUAUAGAAACAUAGGAAAGCCGCACUGCUCUGUGCUUCUAUUUCUUAACUUUUUUGCAGCAUGAUCCCAAGUAUGUUCAGUCAGAUGUCAAGUCUUCUUGGUUAAAAAAUGUAUGUAGGCUGGCAGUCUUAAUGUCACAGCCUUAAUGAUUGUAACAUUAAGAUUUUUAAUGGCAAUCUUAAUGUUAUAUUCUCCAGAUGUCUAGACUUGUUACUAGUAAGGGCAAAACUGAGAUUCUCUACAGUCCUACAGCUAGUUCACAAACUGACUUGAUACAUAGAUAGUCCAAAGAGGGGAGUUAUAGGAGCAAGCUCUGAAGUGACAGUGCAUUCCUGCUCUUGUACGUAGGAAGGAACUUAAGAGUCAAGCUCAUGCAAGCAGUCUGCACAGCUCAACCACAUGUGUGCUGAUCCUCAGUAAGGUGUGUAUGUGCAUGUACAUAUACAACUGUAAUGCACAUUCUAGGUGGGUAUGAACAUAAGCCAUGGGCUGAAACAGGCAUUAUAGAUAGCCAGGGAUGAUUGCUAAAAGCACAUUCAGGUUGAAGAGAUGGUUGCUUUUAUGUCUGAAAAAUCAGGUGUGUAGGAAUCCUGUUCUUAACUCCUGAAGACUGGUACAAAUCAAUGUAAGCUGAUUUGCAACUUGUGUGAAGUGAUUUUUCCAAGAGGCAGCUUUGUUUCAGGAUGUGUUACAAAAAAUGAAAGAUUUCAUGGUACAUACGUCUCAGGCAUGAUGCACAGUGCCCCUAGAA